UCUCUAUCUCGAGCAACCAAAGACAGUGCUCUCAUCUCAAUCCUCAAACCAUUCCUAUCUAUACAAACCCAGAGUUCCAGGCUGCUACAAGUAUGAGGGAUGAUCCCUCGCCCGGCGUCUCUCUCUUCCCUCUCGGCUCUCCGCCUCUCCUCUAUAAAGUCUUCCAUCCUCCUUCUUGACCCAACCUGCGCAUCUCGAAUCCCUCCUGCCACACUGCUGCUCCCUGAACUCAGCCUCCGCCUCGUAUGCUCCCGACCGCGCUGCAGCCACUUUAGAUACUUCUCGCAGACGUCUAUAUGCCGGUCCUCCUCCACGCCUCCAAACCACUACGAAGUCCUCCGCAUCCACCAUGACGCCACCCCUUCCGAACUCAAGAAACAAUUCUACGUGCUCUCUAAAGAAACCCACCCAGACCGCAACCGCAAUGACCCCAAGGCAGGCGAACGCUUCGCCGAGAUAAGCGAAUCCUAUGCCGUCCUCGCGAACCCGGAAAAACGCAAACGCUACGACCGGGAUGUCUUCCAUGUCCACCAUUCGCACCGGGCUCAUCACCCUCACUCUCACUCGCACUCUCAUGCCGCUCGCAAGACCUACGCAGGCCACCGCCCUGCAACAGGCCUCUCCAGACGUCGCAGCGUCUUCAAAGGACCGCCGCCAUCAUUCUAUGCGCACGGCAAACCCUCGCCGAACACCACCGCACAAGCACAAGCACACGCCGAAGCUGGUCCGGGCCCAUACCAAGCAGGUACGUUCAAUGCGGGCGCCUAUACCGACACAGACCCAGCAUUUGCCGGCUUCGACCCACAAAGUACAUACAAGACGCAAACGCACGAGGACUACCGUCGUGCGAACCGCCGCGCUGCAGAAUUAGCAGCGUUGCGAGCGGCCGCCGCUGAGGAGGACAAUUUCUGGGGUCGGUUCAUCAUUGUCUCGGCAAUUAUUGUUGCCAGUGUCUCCGUGGGCACGAUCGUCGUGAGCAUGGCGAAUGCGCCGCGAGGUGGCCUUACCAGGGCAGAUGGGAGUCGAAGGGACGGGCCCAGGAAUGACUGGACAAAAGCUUGAGAUAAAUCAAAACAAUACCGCAAAUCUAGUCACGCACUGGUCCUCAGAAAGUUGGACUGGGAUGCCGGGGCGCAAGGAGCUACACGUGUGCUCCCUCGAGAGCCCGCACAAGCGUUAUCAAUUUUAUGGGACGACUCCACGGACAAUCCAAUACAACGUAGCACUGCAGGACCAUUCAAUGUCAUGAAUAUAACGGCAGGAGAAGCGAGGACAGGGUGAUACCCUGCUGUGUCGCGUGGGACGCCCUAUCACCGCUUCGAACAAUAGACGAACGAAUAUAGGGGUAAACGGAAGAAACCACCGAGGGUAGAAGACCGAAUAUUGAUGGGAAAACAGAAUGAGAAGCAGCACUUGCAGAGAUGGAUUUACAAAAUUGCCAGGAUCUGUUCGAUUCCGAUCAACGCGUAGUUUGACGAUCCUCAUCCGUAGUGACCACGCAGCUUACGCCAACUAGAUGGAUAUCUCUGCUGAAUGCCUUCUUCUAUGCUCCUGUUUCUCUUCUGUACAAUCUGAGCCCUCCCUCGGUGGUGCUGCUUUGGGGAUACAGUGAAAUUGAGGACGGUACGUCUAACCCUCGAAAGUAAAAGACGCACCAACCUUGUGAGCCGCCUGGUUGAGGUUCUGCGUG